AUGGAGCGAUACAAAAUUAUAAAAACACUAGGGGAUGGGACCUUUGGGUCUGUCUAUAAAGCAGUUGUAAAAGGAACUAACGAAUUCGUAGCUAUCAAAAGAAUGAAAAAAAAAUUUUACAGCUGAGAAGAAUGUCUAGAGCUAAGAGAAAUUAAAGUAUUAAGAAAAUUGACUCAUCCCAAUGUUGUCAGGCUAAAAGAAGUUAUUAGAGCAAACGAUGAUUUGCAUCUAGUUUUUGAAUUCUGUGAGAAAGAUGUGGUUCACUUGAUGACUGAACAAGGAUCUCCUUGUUCUGAUAUGCAAGUAAGAGAUAUCAUUGGACAGAUCUUAAAUGGGCUUUCUGCGCUACAUAAAAGUGGAUUUUUUCAUAGGGAUAUGAAGCCUGACAAUAUUUUGGUCAAUGAUGGGGUUUUUAAAAUAGCAGAUUAUGGGCUUGCAAAAGAAAUCAGAAGUCAGCCUCCUUAUACAGAUUAUGUAGCCACUCGAUGGUACCGAGCUCCAGAAAUUUUGCUACACAGCCGAAGAUACAAUUGGCAAGUUGAUAUAUAUGCAGUCGGCUGCAUAAUGGCUGAACUCUACAUGAUGCGACCUUUAUUCCCAGGAGCAAGCGAAGUAGACCAGCUCAAUCGUAUAUGUUCAGUCCUAGGGACUCCAAAUGACUGAAUUGAAGGACAAAGACUUGCAUCUCAAGUCAGCUACUGCUUUCCUCAGUACAUACCUAUGCCUUUACAUGAGUUAAUGCCAAAUGCAUCUCCAGAUGCAAUUCAUUUUAUACAGCAAGUCCUCGCUUGGGACCCAGCGAAUCGACCUUCAGCUGAUCAGUGCCUGCAGCAUCCUUUUUUUACUGAAAACCAUAGGACACUUAAUCACAAUGCCAGCUUUUUAGAUGUCCCCAAAGCUGAAAACAGUCGGCAUCAUUCAUUGUCUUCCGAAAGUCAGCAUACACUUAUUGAAGGGCCACAUACAAGAUCAGGAAUCUUAAUUGGGAUUGGAGAAGCAAGGAAUCCACCACCAAGCCUUGUGACAAGCCGAGCUAAACUUGGAGGAGGACUAGGACAGUUCGGAGCGAGCUUGAUUGGGAAGCAAAAUGGAGGAAUUGGGAUGGGAAGACAUAAAUUCUAACUCCCCCCCCCCCCUCCGUGAGCGAACAAAACCAUUAGAAAAAUCGCCAUUUUUUGACCAAAAACCCACCCUCCGUGAGUGAAACAAAAUUUUUUUAAUAGAAAAAAUUUUAAUGGAAAAAAAAUUUUGAUAUAUAAGUGAUAAUUAGUAUAAUGAAAUCUAGAGCUAAUUCUGUUUAAUUUUAAACAAAUUGCGUUUUUUAAAACAUAAUUUUUGCAAAUUAAAUUAAUAUUUGCUUCCCAAUUUUUGCAAAUUAGGAUUUUUUUAAAUUUCGAAAAAAAUAUUUUUUAUAUAAAUUUAUAUAUAAAUUUUUUUUAAAAAAAAAAAUUAACCCCCCUCCGUGAGCGAACAAAAUUUUUUUGUUCGCUCACGGAGGGGGGGGGGGAGUAA